AUGGAUUUUGAUUUAAUAGAUACGGGAAUUUUAACUUGUCUGGGUUUACAAUCUGGCUCACUGGAAUAUGAAACGAAAAAUGCAAAUACUAAUGCAUCGUUGAAUGUAGACUAUUUAAAAUACGAUAGUUAUUGUAAUUCGGAUAUCCAACAUGCACCAAACCCAAACCCAAACCCAAACUGUUUGGGAGUUUGGGUUUGGGUUUGGUAUAUUAGACAGAGUUUGGGUAAAAGUUUGGGUUUGGGUAUGAGUUUGAAUUUGAGUUUGAGCAACAAUCUAUGUCAUGAGAAGCUUGGAUACAUGAUCAUAAUAAAAUCUAAACCCAAACUCAUCCAAACUCUACCCAAACCCAAACUCAAACCCAAACUCAUACGCCCAAACCCAAACCCAAACUCAAUAUUCAAACUCAAACCCAAACCCAAACUCAAUACCCAAACUCACCAAACCCAAACAGUUUGGGUUUGGUGCAUGUCUAUGCUACAAUGGAGUGUGGGUAAACCAGCAACAUGA